GUAUCUGGCUCACUACAAACUGUCGUGAUUUGGCUCAUCACGAAUUUAGGUGACAUUCGCUCUGGCAACACUUAUGGCAACGCACAUGCGGUGUUAGUUUCCGAGACACAGAGCCCGUCUGUGCUAUGUUCGUAUAAGCUCCCAUGCCGAAUGCGCGCAGGGCUGCCGACCUUUGAAGCUUUCACACCGAUCACUUCCUUCGGGGAGAUGCAAAAUUUAAAAUGGAAGAGGUUUCUGCGAUAACUUAGAACUCGACUAGGUGUCCACGAAAAACACAAAUGAGCAGUGUAAAGAGAUGGCCACGACCUUGGCAGGGCUGUCCAGGUAUUUGUUGAGGCUUUCGAAGUUUCGAAGACAUAUUUCGAGCGGCAACCGGAACCUGGCUAGGCACUCAUCUCGACGCCGAAGUGACUUCUUUGGAGCUCCUAAGCUGGGCCCUCCCGAGGUUUCCAGGAUACUACGCAGCAAUGAAACGUCCAGGGAAGUCCAGGCACGGUCUCUGCGUGCUUUCGACACCAACCAGCUCCCUUCUAACAAUCCGAUGGAAGAUCGUCUCAUCGUCGCUCGCUGCCUCCUCACCACAGGACAUAUGUUUGGGGUAUUCGACGGUCACGGCGGCCACAACUUGGCCGAACUUUUGAGCCAUCGUCUUUUAGACUACAUAGCACUGUCCAUACUUCCACCAGCUCUCCUCAAAGAAUACCUGGAGAAAAACAAAAGAACCCACCUAGUUCAAGUGGUUCAUGCCAUUGACUCUUUAACGGAUCAACAGACUGAAGUCCACUUUGACAGUUUGAAUGCAUUUGCUAGAAACCUUCUUGCAUCAGCAAGCAGCCCAUUCUCGAUGCAGGAUGCCCUUCACCGUGCCUUUGUUCAACUGGAUAAUGACAUCUCGCGAGAAAUAAUUGAGCAGAAGCUGCCAAAUGGAUCGCAGUAUGCAGUCAUGGGAAGCUGCGCAUGUGUGGUGCACAUUGACGGAACUCACCUGCAUGUUGCGUCUACGGGAGACUGCAAAGCCGUCUUGGGCAUCCUGUCGGAUGAUGCCACCUGGCUUUCUAAAGCAGUCAGUGUCGAGCACAACACGGACAACAUCAACGAACUGCGGCGCGUCCUUUCCGAACACCCUGCGUCCGAGUCUAAUUCUGUUGUCAAGCAAGAUCGGCUGCUGGGACAGCUGGCACCGCUGCGCGCCUUUGGCGACUUCAACUACAAAUGGGAGGCCAGCCGCAUUCGUGAGCUUCUUGUGCCCCAAUUUGGAACCUACGUGCUGCCGGCUCACUACAUGACGCCACCCUACCUCACAGCACAGCCCGAGGUGAUGCACCACCAUCUGACCCCGAGGGACAAGUUCCUGGUGCUGGCCAGCGACGGCCUCUGGGAGCAGAUGCAGCCUCAUAAAGUGGUCAGGCUCGUGGGGCAACACAUGAGCGGCAAGCAGACCCUAGACCUCCUUCGCCUGCCGCGUCCUCUCAUGAAGCUCGGAGAUGUGUACGACCUGCUGCACAUCCGUCAUCAGGGCCUGGCCCAGAAGCCCAGCGAUGCCAAUGCAGCCACUCACCUCAUCCGCAACGCCCUUGGACGCACCGAGUAUGGCAUAGAGCACGGCAAGCUGGCAGCCAUGUUGGCGCUGCCUCAGGAAGUGGUGCGCAGCUUCAGGGAUGACAUGUCUAUCGCAGUUAUCUACUUCGAUUCAGAGUUCCUUCGGCUCUCUCCAGCGGGCUGAAGGCUGCCCGUCAAGUCGACAGUGUCCUAUCACUCGGACUGCCGACCCCUUGCCAGCUCAAGGACCAGCAGCCUGAUGCAGUCCCUGCCCCGUGGUAGGGACCGAGGUGCUUUGAUGCAGUCUAUUUAUUGAAAUCCAACUUUUAGAGUAUCUUUGAUCUCUCUUCCAGUGUGAUAUUUAUGCUUAGGAGAUUGUAUUUAUUGCUUGUGUGCUGACAGACUUCUUGUGAAGCUCAAGACGUAGACUUCUUAGCAGAUUGUGGCAGCUCUCGUAAAACAAAUGUCCCUCUAGUCCGUAUGCUAUGCUCUUGUCUGUGCCCCAAACAGGUAAAAUUUCUGAAUCUUGGUGCUGGGCUUAAGGAGCUUGGGCAAGCUGCAUGCAGGACUGAAUGCAAAUAAAUCGGCCUUUAGGAUGCCUUAAGUGACAUGCAGUGUGUUGCAGCAUUGUUAAAAAUAAAAUGACGUCUCGACGUAAGAAACUGCAGUGUAUACGACAUAGAAACCCUAAUAAAAUGUGCAUUGUUUCAAA